AUGGAUCCAAGGUUUGACCUAAGACCUUGGAGUAAGCUUGAAGUUGACAGUGCUGAUGCUUUGGAAGUUGUGGAUGAAUUCCUGGAAGCCAAUCCCAAAUGCCUGAUGCCACACCUGUGGCCCAUGCUGGAGCUGUUCCUCCAGGUGAAGGCCUCUGGGGUGGGAGGGAGCCCCGAGUUAUCUCGGGAGAGGAUGCAGGGCAGGUACACUCAGGUGCUUUGGUCUGUGGGGUCGGUGAAGACGGCGUUCUGCACCAGCUCCAGCUCUCACAGGGGCAAAGGGGGCACCCCAAAAUCUCAGGGGGGAAGCGAGGUCAACCAAAUUCAUUCCCACACCCUCUCUCGGUCUCUCUUUCCCUGGGUCCCCCUCCUCUCCCAGUCUCCAUCUCCCAGUUCCGAGCUGGGCCAUGCCCUCGGGCUGCCCUGGCCCCAGGCGGGGCUUUCCCAUCUCCAUCCCCGUCCCCAUCCAUCCCGCCACGGUCUCACCUCCACCCGGCUCUGGCUGUACUGGCGGUGGUGCUGCUGGAUGGACAUCAGUGCGUGGAGCGGCAUCGCCUCCCUUUGGCUCCGCCUGUCCCGACACCGGCCCCGGACCCGGCCCCGGCCCCAACAUGGGCCCCGACCCCAACCCCGGCCCCUGGCCCUGGCCCCAAGGUGUGCCCUGGCCACGGUCCUGGUCUUGGUCCUGGCUCCUGCCAGGCCCGUGGAGCACACACACGGCACGGCUGCUCCUGCUGCCUGUGUUGCGGUUUCCCAGGCCCGAGCUCCACCGCUCGGCAGCGCGGUCGCUGGCCCUGAGCCUCUGCUGUCCCGUUCCAAAGAGCGAACACCUGGGGCUGCCCGGCCCGGGGCGGCUGAGGGGUGCUCAGGGCUCAUGUCUGGCCCCGGGCCGAGCGCUGACAGCCGCGUCUCGCUGGCAGGGGAGGCGCAGCACGGCACGAAGGAGCGGUACCAGCUCGGUUUGCUGCUGGGGUGUGGCGGCUUUGUCAGCGCCUGGGCGGUGACUCGGCUCUCGGACGGUGCCCCGGUGGCCAUCAAAAGGGUGCCAUGGAACCACGUCCAGCACUGGGGCAAGCUGCCCAAUGGCACCAGCGCACCACUGGAGAUCGUGCUGCUGGACAAGGUGUCCACUGGCUUCCCUGGAGUUCUCCAGCUGCUGGAGUGGCUUGAGCUCCCCAACAACAUCCUGAUGGUUCUGGAGCACCUGGAGCGGUGUCAGGACCUCCGUCAUUUCAUUUGGUCACAGGGGUUCCUGUCAGAGGAGGUGGCACAGGAGCUGUUCUGCCAGGUGCUGGAGGCCGUGCAGUACUGCACCAGCUGUGGGGUCCUGCACAGGGACAUCAAACCGGAGAACAUCCUGCAUGACCUGGCCACCUGGCAGGCAAAAUUGAUUGACUUUGGCUCUGGCACCUACCUGCAGGACACAGCCUACACUCACUUUACAGGUGAGCCCACACAGGGCUGUCCCCCAGAAUGGACCCACUUUGGCUGGUACUAUGGCAAGCCAGCUACCCUCUGGUCCCUGGGCAUCCUGCUGCACCAGAUGGUCUGUGGGGAGCACCCUUUCAGGAGAGGCCAGAACAUCAGCUGGAACCAUCAGCUCUCGCUGCCACAACAGGUCUCUCAAGAGUGCCAAGAUCUGAUCAGAUGGUGCUUAUCCAUGCUCCACAUGGAAAGGCCCUCAUCAGAAGACCUGUUUUGUGACCCUUGGAUGCAGCAAAUUCACCUGCCAUAG